GCUUCCCAUGUGUGGGACGGGCUCUGAAGCCGGGCACCAGAAGGUUAAGAUGGCGGCUCUCUACCGGCGGCCUCCGCGGGGCCUGCCCUCGGCCAACAUGGCUGCCGCCCCCUAUUGCUUCCGUCGGCAGUGAAGCCAGCUCGCCCUUAGUUAAAAUGGCGGCGCCCUGGUGAGGGAGCUGUGGUGAGGGGUCAGGGCGCGGGGCUGGCAGGGCGGCGGGGCGGGUGAGAGCCGGGGACCGGUGAGCAGCCGGGGACGGCUAGGGGAGGCCGAAAGCUUCUUGCAGCGCGGUCACCCCGGCCCGGGCCGAGUGGGGUGGGCCGCGGCCCUUGCGAAGAAGGCGGCGAGGAAGGGUGCAGCGGCCGGGCGGCGGGCCGGGGAUGUGCCCCAAUGGUAAAUGAUACUCACUUUCCAUGGGGAAACAAGUGUACAGGUUGAAUAAUCAGCUCCUGAAAUGGCUUCUCUUCAGACCUCACAUUUUUUUUGCCUAUACUUCCAAAAUGAUGCUUAGCCAGAGGGACUUCUGAGAGUUUCUCAGUGUUUGGUUUACCACACAAACAGAGGUUAGAGUCAUUGCUGCUGCAAUGUCCUGGGUACAAGUUGCAGUCAACCAAUCCAAUGAAGAUAUAUUUGAUGAAGAUGCAGACGAGAUGUGUGUAGUACAGAAAGAAUGGAACAGCACCAUGAAAAAAAGAUUGAAGGAGGGCUUUAGGGAUGGUGUUGAGGCUGGCAAAGAACUUGCACUCCAAGAAGGCUUCAAUCAAGGUUACAGAGAAGGUGCUGAGCUGAUGGUUACAUGUGGCCAGUUCAGAGGAACCCUGAAUGCUCUCUCAUCCUGGUGUCACCUUAAUGGACAUAAUUCUGCUUUAAGUAAGAUAAAAAAUCUUCUAGAUGUGGUUGGAAAGCAUGAAGAUGAUCUACUUAAGUGUCUGAAUUCUAUCCAACAACAGCCACAUGUUGGAGACAUUUUAAAUGCUGUUCAGGACAUGGACCUGAGUCAUGCAGCUCCAGCUGGGACAAAGUACGAUGAAGUUAACACCAAAAAACAUGAACACGUUGGCAGCUCUGCUGAAAACUAUUGUAGAAAUAUUGGUGAGGAUGGUUCCUUGCAGUCUGAGUGCAACAAGGCAAAACUCUGUACAGAUCCUGAAAGGUCAAACCUUGCUUGGGUUAAAAAGCAAACUGUUUCUCUAGUAGAGCAGCUGGGUUUAUCGCUGGACAUACUCCAUCAUGUCCACCAACUGGAGCUUUAGUUUUUCUGUUUCAUGGUAUUUAAAAUUAUCUCAGCUGGAUUGGAUUCCCAAUUUGAGGAUCAGUUCACUUUAGGGAAGUCUGAUUCCGAUACUUCCCAACGGAGGUUAUUUUUGUAAAUCUUACCUUGCUUCAGCUCGUGGCCAAAAAACCUUGGUUUUCUUCCUAAAUAUAACUUUCACAGAAAGGGAGAUAAUCUUAAAAGCUCUCCAAAGAUUUACUAAACAUGUCUCUAUUCUGUGACAGAAUGUGUCAUUUCACCCUUACUUUCUCUAUUGGUAUCCUUUUGGAAAUGGAGCAGGUCCCUUAAAAGCCUCCUCAAAUAUACAAAAAAAAAAAAGCCCAGUGCUAUCGACAAGUUAUUAUUGCAGAAUAAGCUGCUGUUGAUGACAUUCUAACUGUGCAAAAUAGAACAGGAUCUGCUGAUUUCCAAAGUACUGUAACUCUCCUGAUUACUAUAUUUAAAAAAAAAAAAGAAUUUUUCACCUUUUGUCAAAUUCUUACUCUUGCCUUUUGUAACCACUAUGGAGUGCUCUUUCACAGUUAAAAUGAUUUUUUUCCUCUUCAUACAGUUCUAUUUAUUUCAGUUUUGGUGGAAGCACACCCCUCUUCUCAAAUGCUGAACUACUGACAAUACCAUUGUUUUGCUGUUCUAACAACAUACUAUCUGCUAUUACCCUGUUAAAACCCAUCUAUACAUUCCUAGUCUAAUGAAUUUUCUUGUGUUAUUUUGGUAUUUAUUUUGCAAGUCCUUCAACUCUCUUCCCUUCGUUCCCACAGUUUUCCCCAAACUCUUAAAGGAAGACAGGCUUAUUCACCUUCUCUUAGAAGCAUGGUCAGCCACAGAUGCAUCUGACAACUUUGUAUUUCUGUGCCAACCUUCCGUAUUAGACUCCUUUUCCUGUUGCUUGCCUAAACUAUAGCUGCAAAUUCCUUUGGUUAGGAAGUCUUGUCUUUGUGAAUAGCUGUCUCUGUUUCAGAGUAAUUAAACUGAUUUACAUUAAGUCAGAAGUUCAGUUGUUUUAUGUUGCUUUUAACUUUCUUCAGUGUCUGAGACAAACCUAAACUUUGAACAACUGACUUAACUAUAACUAAAAAAAAAUAUAAAACUGUUUUGUGAUUAUUUUAUUUUUACUUUGAAGCUAUAAAAAGCCAAGGCACAAAUUACGUGAUUUUUUUUCAGAGAAUGAGUUUAUAACUUUCUUAUUAAAGACUAUUGUCCUGCCCUGGAGUUAAGCUGUAAGUUUGGUUGCUAUUCCAUACCACUUCUGCAUUAGGAGAAGAUGGAACUGUGCAAUUAAGAGUCUCACGUUGAACUUGUCACUGAAAUAGUGGAAUUGAAUAAGGCUGUUUGCAUGUAUUACAUAUGUACAGAAUUGUAUAUAUUUUUCUCUAUUUAUUUAACAUAAUGCUGACAUUGAUAAACAUUUUCUACAGGACAUAUGUUAUGUUAUAGCCUGCAUCAUAUAAAUCAAACUGAAAUUUCUUCUAUACAACAGUAAGAUAUGAUGCAAUCAAAAAUAAAGGUUACUAGAGAAGUGUUAAACAUUCCAAAUUUGGAAGUUUAAAAGUGUAAAUUCAAAACUAUUACUUCUCUGUAGUUAGUAGUGUAUAAACAGGAAACUCCAUUCAGAAAUCGCUAGGUAGACAAUGACCUUGCCAAGUUCUCUCCAACUACUUCUGCAAAAGCAAUCUACGCCUGAGAAAGCAUUUCUUUCUUGUUUGAUUAUUAAACAAUAGGUUAUGUGUUUCACAUAUCUUUCAUAACAGCUUCUGUACUAGCUGUGGAAGUACUUUCCUCCACUCUGCAUGAAGUUUCCAUGCUGACUGUGGGGUUACUUUUUUCUGUGUUAUCACCCAAAGUUUCCGAUUUGGCUGUGGAGAGAUUUUCUUUUGGGCUGUCCGGAACACUUUGCUUAUCUGUUACUACCAGAUCUUGAUGACCAGCCAUAGAAGGACUUUCUUCAAGACUAUUUAAAUCAGUAAUUUGCUCACAUGCUGGUUCAGGUUUUUGUUUUGUGUCUACUUGCAUGUCUUGUGUUUCACUGUCGGCUUCCACCUUGGCAGCAUUCCUGAAAAUAGCUCUCAUGACAACUGGGACUGACAUGCAUCUAAAAGAGGAAAUGAAACAUUAGUCACUACUACAGACUUAACCCAUUCUUCAAAUUAGUACUUCUUUUUUUAAACUGUGGCUGACACCUAUAUGAUAUCCUUCAUGACAAACAGCAUCCCUCCCUCCUUGCUUUUUGUCUCUAUAACCUAAUAGGAUUAUAUUGUAACUACAAUACUACCUACAUAUGUUAUACUGGAAACGUACUUUGAUGUAACAAAUUCAAGCACUGAAUCUUUCAGCUUACCAGUGCAAAGACAUUUUGACAGAAAGAGUAAGAAGUGUUUGGAAAAAAAGUUUUAAUGAAAAAUCUCAUAAUGUUGAAAUAUACUCAUUUUCACUGAGAUUUAAUUGUAACUUUCAUGUUUUGGAUGAGAUGGGUACAGAGCCUUUCUUCUCUAAACUGGUAUCUACACUAGAGGGUGUUUAUUUUGUGUGGUUUUUUUUUCUCCCCUAUUCUACCAGGGGAAGUAUGUGGUUCUAGGAAUAGCAUCUAGUGUCUUGUGACUUAGGACAAGGCAUGUUAACUAAAAGGAUUUGAAAUCCAA